AUGACACCAGAGAACCAAAACACAGCAAUAGAGCCACAACACAGCACCAGAGAACUAAAACACAGCAAUAGAGAGCCACAACACAGCACCAGAGAACCAAAACACAGCAAUAGAGCCAACACAGCACCAGAGGAACAAAACACAGCAAUAGAGCCACAACACAGCACCAGAGAAAUCCUAAACAUAGCAAGAGAGCCACAACACAGCACCAGAGAACCCAACACAGCAAUAGAGCCACAACACAGCACCAGAGAACCUAAACACAGCAAUAGAGCCACAACACAGCACCAAGAGAACCUAAACACAGCAAGAGAGCCACAACACAGCACCAGGGAACCUAAACACAGCAAGAGAGCCACAACACAGCACCAGAGAACUCAAACACAGCAAGAGAGCUUCCAACACAGCACCAGAGACCCUAAACACAGCAAUAGAGCCACAACACAGCACCAGAGACCCUAA